AUGGAAGAAGAGCGUGCUAACAGGCUUCAAAAGCUGGCUCCCGACGAUGCGUGGCUUAGUUGUGAAUUACGACGUGCGAUGUAUGGUCCGCCCUUGCUCCAAGAGCAAUUGUACACGACGAUGAUUAUUGACUCUAUGGCAGUGACCAAGGAAGAUGUGAACACACUCAAGAAUGACUGGUUGACGGACAAUGUUAUCUGCUUCUGGGAAGAAUACCUAGAACGCGAGUUCUUGACCGCAUACAAGAAUUCGAAGAUAGUCCUACUCCGGCCGAGCAUGUCGAUGAUGCUCAGCGUCACGCCAGAUCACGCAAUAUCGACAAUCAAGGACGUACUGCCCACAUUCAAUGGCAUCACACAUGCAUUCCUACCUAUCAACGACUGCACGAACCCCAACCAGGCCGAAGGCGGCACGCACUGGUCGCUCCUUCUCGUGUCGAUCGUCGACGGGGUGGCAUUCCACUACGACUCUCUGCCACCGGGCAACGAACACGAAGCCGCAAAUACCACGCAUAAGCUUUCCAGACUGGUGAACAAGCCGAUCCGAUUCAUUCAGCUUCGAGACAGUCCCCAACAAGAGAACUCGUCUGAUUGUGGAGUGUUUGUGUGUCUGAAUAUGCGGCAUUUGCUGCUUAAGAGGCUACUGCAAGUACAUACGAAUGAGAAAGUUAGCAUGAGUCUGGGCGGCAGGAGGGUCGAUGCGAGGGAGGGCAGGAAGGAAAUGUUCCGGACGAUAGAGGGCUUCCGCAAGGAAGGGGAAAGGCGGAGAUCAAUGAGCGAGUCGCCACACCCAGGCAGAAGUUCGAAGAGCCCGCCACGGAUAGAUUCGCCGAUCGGUAGUGUCCCGUCGAGUCCACGGAGGAAGUCGUAG